AUGGAACUUCAACAAACUCCUCCUCCUCCUUCGCAGCAAUCAACUAGUCACAAGCGCAGACACAAUAGUACUUCCGAUGAUGUUUCCACAGAGCGUGCAAAACGGCGGCUCAUCUCCACCUUUGAACACCUCUCGCUAGGAAAAAACAACGCAAAGACUCCCGGAACUACUCACAACCCCUUUGGUCUCGCAAAAGUUAUACCAAAACAAUCAGAUACAUCCUCCAAACGUUUAGAACAACCACCUGUGACUCCGGCACAAACACCUCCAAUUAAACAAGUCACUCAGCAACAGCAACAGCCACCGGCUCUGGCACAGACACAUGCACCCGCACGCGCACAGACACAGGCACCCGCGCCAGAAACAGAUUACAUGGACACAAGCGGUCCCCACACCGUCUUUAUUCCUUCAAUCGAUGACUUCCUGGCUGCUGAAGGCACUUCCUCAGACGAAUUCCAUUCAAGUGAUGUAGACAACGAAGAGGAUUCAUAUACUGAAGACGAUAGCGAGCUUGAAAGUGAACCUGAAAGUGAUGAAGAGGACCGCUUAAGCCACAACAUUGAGCAUAAGCGUAGACCUUACUCGCAUUCAUACACAGGCAUAAACACCUCUCCAAACUCGCUUAACAAUGAAAUAGGAAAACAAAACGACGAUGAAGAUGCAUACCUUGACAGCGACAGUGACGAAAUGGAUACAGACGACGAAUUUGGGUCUUUGGGGUCACGCAAGCGUGGCCGUGGAUCCAAUGGUCGGGCAACCAAGAAACUGCGCUUAACCACCACGGAUUCUGACGGUGGUAUUUCGUCCGCCUCGGCCUCCGGCUCCGACACUGAUGGGUCCCGCGAACGGCGGUUCCAGAAACGCCUCAAGCACCGCCAAAAGAAACAACAGCAGAUGCAGAUCCGCCUUGCUCGCAAGGGCCUCCUACGAGUGCCAGUAUCUGUGCUUGGCCCUCGCGCACACUGGUACCAGAAACCAUCGUUGGCUCUUAUACCAUAUGUUCCUGCACAACAAGUUAUCUGGGGACAUCUUUUGCUUACCCUUCAACGAGAAGCCCAGGAAAAACAGGAAUCUGCAAGACGAGCGGCGGCGGUGGCUGCAGCAGCAGCAGCAGGAAAGUCGUUGUCAGCAGCAAUAGAGCCACAGACAAGCAUUUCAGACGAUGCAAUGAUUGAUGAUAACAACAUGUAUGCCUACGAUUCACCUGAAUACUUUUACUCAGACUCACCUCCACAGCGUCGCAGAGAUACCCGAAUGUCCAUGUCGCUUUCAUCGCCAUCACCACCCAUAUCUUUCCCUCAAAUGGACACCGCUAGAAGAGCUGCCGCUGGCAAGGGACUUUCAUCACACGUCGCGUCCCAAGGUAACCGCGUUGUGACCAUAACAGGUGACGGUUUGUACGACUAUGACGAUUACGGAGGCAUUUCUGAUGAAGCAUCCAUGGAUUUAGAUUAA